CCAGAGUGGAGAAAUCUGAAAACGCGUUGUCGUGUGGACAAGCAAACCGCAGCUUUUGGAAAACGAUGACAUCACGACUCGUCAUCGCCAGGGUCCUCCGAUGCUGCGAAGGCUGUAGCCCUUUAAAAAAAAAAAAAAAAAAAAAAAAAAAAAAAAAAAAAAAAAAGGCUUCGAACUAGCCUCCACGGAUGCAAGAGCGUUGCCGAAGUCUGACAGGUGUAGCCCACAGAGCCGCUCCGGUUGCCCAGCAACCGAGACACGCUGUUAGCGCUAAUGCUAACAAUACACAUCACGCAGAUUACGCACACGGAUCAAUAACAAAGAUUACGGGCCCAGAUCUUACCUGCAAAGGGCUAAUAUGGGUAGAAACCUGGUAAAGAAUCCAAAUGGAGAUGAGGAUCUGGAGUUCUGGGAACUGACUGAAAAUGGUGGAAGCCAGUGGAAGGUCGAGGACAUGCCUGGAGACUGUGGCCAUGACUUUGGCAAUGAUGGAGUAAGCAAAUACUUUGCGACAUCAUUUAGACUAUGUCUGAAGAGACAGGUCAUAAACCUGCUGGACGAGGGAUACUCUGCUGAGGCUCUGGAUGAACAGCCCCCUGUCCACAUAACAGACUGGUAUUGUGCAAGGACUGACUGUGGGUGCAUCUACCAAAUAACAGUGUCUCUAUUGGAUGAAAAUCAAGAGGUAAUACAGGAGUUCAAACCAGAGCCUGUGACCCUGGACCCCGAAAGUGACAAUUGUUCUUGGAAAGAGAUCACCCACAGUUUUGUUGAGUAUGGACCUGGUCUGCGCUUCAUUUCCUUUGAACAUGGAGGCCAAGACAAGAACUACUGGGAUGGCUGGUAUGGGGUUAGAGUCACUGCCAGUUCUGUUAGCAUUGAGUUGUGAGAGGUAAUAUGUGCCAUGAGCAGGACACCAACUCUGCUUUAUAGUGGGUAUGUAACUGAGUAGGCGUGUGCGCUUGUUAUAAGAAUUCUGCUGCAGAGUAGCUCAAUUCAAGUAAAAACAUAUGCAUAUAAAAUCAUGUGAUUUAUAACUGCAUUCAAAAUCUUGAAUGUGUCAAAUGUAAAAAUUCAUGUCCUUAAAAAUGACAAUAAAACAACUGUUAUGUAA